AACCGUGAAGUUCACGACCUUCAUACUAUACCAAAUGGUUAAUUUGACGUGGACCGUUCAUCCUGUCACAUGGGGAAAAUGGUUAUAUAAAGGUAUGAGUGGAAUUAAUCAGGCACAGAAUGAAAAUCAUGACGAAGAUAGUCUCCAUUAUUUUACUAGCAUUAAUCUUAACCAGCGUAUUCGCAUUACCUGAACGUAAAAAGCGCGCUAUCGAUAAUAGCGGAUUUAACACUAAUGGCGCAAAACGUGGAGCGGAUGCAGGCGCGUGGGCUGGUGCCGCGGCCGCUAGCAGCAGCAGUAGUGAAAGUUCUAGUUCCAGUGAAAGUGGUGGAUGUGAUGGGGGAGCAGACAACAAUUGCAGCGAUAGCAGCGAAGACACGGAUCCUAAGGCCGAAAUAAGUAAGAAAAAUCAAUCAUUCGUCGGUACCUCCGCAGCUGCCUCGGCUUCCACUUAUAGCUAAACCACAAAUUAAAUAAUAAUCAAAACAAUAUUACUGAGGAGCAAAAUUAUUUAUUAAUUAGUAUUCAUUUAUCAAAUAACAUUAAUUAGUAAUGCUUACAAGUUGGCUCUAGGCAUUGUCAAAUAUAACUUUUGUCUUUUUUAUCUCCAAAACAUUUGGUUGUAAUUUUCGU